UGAAGGGUCAGAAGUACACAGCUUCAGUGGACUGGUGGUCGUACGGUGUGCUGCUCUAUGAGAUGAUGAUUGGCCAGUCGCCAUUUACCACGGGGACGAUGAGGAUGAUCUGUUCACUCCAUCCUCAAUGACACGCCACCACUAUCCAAGAUGGCUGCCUAAGGAGGCGGGAUCCAUUCUCAGCUUGCUGUUUGAGCGUAACCCCGCAGACAGGCUGGGAAUGCCGACGUGCCCUGCGGGUCCUAUACGCGCCGUUCCGUACUUCCGGCAGGUGGACUGGGAGAGAAUGGACCGUAGACAAGUAGAGCCGCCCUUCAAGCCUAAGAUUAAAUCGGACAGUGACAUAUCCAAUUUCGACACGGACUUCACGAUGGAGCGGGUGGCCCUUACGCCUCCCGAUAAGGAGCUCAUGAAGACCAUGAAUCAAAAACUGUUCCAGGGCUUCAGUUUCACUAGUGCCGCCGCCUUGUGAUGAAGAUCCCUCCCCCUGGAGAAUGAAGCAGGGUUCCCGUGGCCUUGAGAUAAUCAGUUGUUGACUAUGUACCAUUAGUUGUUGUUUUGAACUCAAAAUUAUUUUAUUUGAGUUCUUAGUGAAAUAAAUGGGGCGUUGUUUGAGUUUUGUCUUAUGUGAAUGUGAAUCUAAAGUAGAUGAGGUUCCAUUUUGGAUUCUAUCAAAAGCAUUGGUAUCUAUUGUUGUAUCUAUCCAGAAAAGUGAUAAGGGCUUCAUUUGAGUUCUACCUAAGUUAAUGAAGCUUAAUUUAUUUCAGUUGUAUUUUAAGUGAAUGUGGAUUUAUUCUGAGUGAAUAUGAAUUCAUUCUGAUUGUUAGGGAAGUUUUUAAAAAAUGGUUCAGAAUUCCAUUGGAUGCUUUUUUGUUGCAGGUUAUUCAUCCUGUUACCUCUGGUUUAAGAAUGUAAUUAAGAUUUUUUUAAUCAUGCAUUAAAUUGUAAUUACCGGUAUAACAAAUUUAUUAAGGUUGUCAAAUAUUUUUGCAAUGCUCAUUUGAUAUCCUUUGAUACAAUCAUGUUUGGUAUACUAAAUUUGACUUGAAUUAAGUUAAAUGUAUAGUGUUUCAUUGGCAUUUGAUAUUGUGUUGUUAAAAUGUAUGACUUUUACAUUAAUAGUAGUUCACCAUGUAAUAGCUGUGUAAUUUUUUAUGAUGAAGUUUAUCACAACAUUAUAAGAAAUGAAUAUAAAUUCUCAUUAUAUUGUUUAAUAACAAUAACAACAAGAAGAAGAAUAUUAAUAAUAAUAAUAAUACUCCUUUUCUUAAAACUUACGUAAUAGUCUUCCUGUAAAUAUUAUAUUGUUAUAGUUUUUCCUGUGACUAUAAUAAUGUAAGCUAGCUUUUUUUAUAACAAAAUAGCUUUGGCUCUUACAUAUGAUUUUUCAUCUUAUGUUUUUGUCCCCUACCGGUGAAACCAGAUGUCUGUCACACUUUUCUGGAUCCUGCGAUAACUUUAAAAGUUCUUCAUAUUUUAUCAUGAAACUUGAAACAUGGAUAGAUGGCAAUAUGGAGAUUAUGCACGCCAUUUCAUUUUAUUCAUACAUCAAGAAUUCUCGUUGCUAUGGCAACAAAAAAGAUACUGACAAUGGUGGAGUCUCACCGGUAGGGAACUAUAUUACUUGGCAAUCUCUUGUUUCUAAAUUUUAAAAAAUCUGCUUUACAUUCACAGAUUUUAGUUAAGUUUUGUAAACUAAGUUUUGUAAACUAAGUUUUGUAAACUAAGUUUUGUAAAUAGAUGAGGUAUUUUCACAGGAGCUUAGACUUUCUACUGAUCUCUAGAAUGUCUCCCAAAAAAUGACCUCACUUCAGUUUUUGUAUUUAACGAAGCCUGAAUAAUCAGUCGAGAUGAAAUACUGAAAUAUGCUUGAAAAUCCACCAAAGAAAAAAUGAAUGUUGAUAAAUGUACAAUUUUGUAGCUCAUUUGUAAGCAAUAAUAUCAACCGGGUAGAUAAGAACCAUUCUUUAUAUUAGCGCAAUGUCAGGUAAUUCCGACAGUCAUCUAAUUUCGACACUUUUCACAAUAUUUAUCAGACUCGUCUUAAAUCAUCAUCAUCCUGUAUGAUUUCGUUGUAAAAUGAGACUUAGUUGGUGUUGUGACGUCACCAGAUAACAUCUCUCUAUCAAACGUCUCGCUGUUUGCAUGUAGAUGAGUCAUUUAAAAUACGUUCAUUGUAUUACCUAGCGAAUUUUUAUAGCGUUAUGAGCUUCGCUAAGGGAGGUUACAUAAUUGUCAAUUACGUCCCUUUAGGAUUUCGCUGUAUUUCUGGUAUUUGUACAAGUUCUAGUAUGAAAUUUGUUUCACUUGACAUUGUAUUUGUGUUUGAAUGGUGCCAAGCGUUUUUAGAACUAUGAUUUGUGGGGUGUCGAAAUUAUCCUCCGAUUUUAUACGAUGGGUAAUUCCGACACUCCAAAUGUUUUCAAGCAUUCCCAGUGCAUAAGGAAAGAUAGAUUCGUUAAAUAGAAUUACUCUUCAAAUGGUUGACGCAGCUUAUUGAGUACUAUAUUUAGCUCUCUCUAUAUUUGUCAAGCAGAUUAUAUAAAAUUAGAGCUAUUUAAAGAUUUUGAACGUUAUUGAUCAAUGAAAUUGUUGUUUUUUUUCUUAAUUAUAUCGUUAAUUGGAUCACCUGUGAUCACCGCUGAUGCUGCGCAACCACCGUAAACAUCUGUCUGCGAGGGUCAUUCACACGUUUUAAAUGUACAUGUACAAAAGAAAAUCACAUACUACAUGAAGAUAUUAUAUGUAUGUGCACAUGUAUGCGGACUUAAAUUUGUACAGUACAUAACGUCCGAAACGUAAAUAAAGCGUAUAGUGAUCAAUACUAUUAACUCUUAAUGGCAAUGCCAAAUAUUUCGCGAGAUAUUUCAACUUUAGUUGAAAUUCACAACGAAACUUUUAAUGGAAAUCAAUGAUCUCAAUGUUGUACCCGCUACGAAUUUUUUAUUUACAAAUAAAUACAGCCACGCCAAUGUUCGCGCGCUUUUUAUCAGGACAAAGAAAUUCAUUCAUUUCAUCUAGAAGUUGUAACCGAAAAAAACUGUACUCGGGCGUGCAAACCCUGUAAGGUGAUUUUAGCAUGUUCGAAUACAACUGUUUUGAUUGGGCGCUUAUUUCAUCAAAUCUUUAAAUAGAAUCAUAUGCCGAAAUUCAUUUGAUACUUUCUAAAAUUGCGACCGUUUAUGUUUAUGGCAUUCUUGAGCACUCUUAUUGUCUAUGUUACCCUCACAUAAUUUGCUUUAAAAACGGAAAUCGGGCGUAUAUGGGAUUAUCGAGUAAUGGAUAAAAAUGGGAGAAGUUGCAUGUAUGCGAUAGAUUCAGUUGAGACAUAUGUAUCGGGGGUGUUUUAUUGUCGCCAAUAUAUUUUAAAUACUUAUCACAUCCUUUCGAUCAGCAUGUAUAUAAAAAUAGACUUUAUUUAUUCAUUAUCACUUUUAGAUGAAAGGGUUCAAUUCAAUACGUUAUUUUUCAAAUAUUUUAUUUUUAGCGAACACGAUGAACACCGCGGUAGAUAUUAUGGGUCCGCGGUGAUUCGGGGUGUUUGUCUAUGGCAAACGGCCCCCGCGACAUUUGAUCUGAGCACCCAUCGCGGGGUUCAUAUUGGUAAGCUAACAGUGAGAUGAACACUGCGGCAAGUGGCGUUUGUUUAAGUACACGGUGUCUGUACUGUAUAUUGAGUCAAGUGGGAGCACAAUACGAACUCUAAAUGCAAAUUGUUUAUAAUUCUCUGAUUUGCAAUUAACAAUAGUAUAAUCCGAUUUAUUUAAGCUCCAUAGCAUGGAAAGCCUACGACUUAUUGAGACACUCUCUCCUUGUCGCUAGGCGGACACCACAUCCACUAAACCACCGCAACCUAAUUAACACUAGACAUUAAAGAGAUCGUGAAAUUCUAUUAAUUGAGAGAUGCAAUGUAAAUAACUGAUAAAAACAGUUGUGGAAAAUUAAUACAAAGACAAGUGUCGAAAUAAGCCGCUGUCGAAAUUAGCCGAUUACUGUCGAAAUUACACUCCACCGCAUUUAGUUAAAUCGCUUGAAGUUUUGAGUUAUGCCGGCAACGAUAAUAACGUUCGUUAGCAAAUAUCAACAAGCCAAAACGGUGUUUUUCAUUAAGUUUGGGCACUUGGUGGGUAAUUUCGACACAUCAGGACUAAAUCAAAUUUUACUCUUAAGGUGUCGAAAUUACCUGACUUUGCUCUACCUUUUAUCAAAUUUUAGCUUUUAUAAUAAAACAUUAAUCAUGUUUUGACAAUUCUGGAAAGUAAUCAUAGCACAAUAUUUGUCUGACAAUAAAAAGUAAAUAUUUGAAGUAUGAAAUCCGAUGAAAUAUUGACUGUAUGGAAUUUGUGAAAAUAUGGCAACUGGUACUUCUUUGCUCUCAAAAAAUGGUUGUGUGUAUGAAACACAUUUUGCCUUUGAUUUAAAAACUGCUCAACCGAUAAUGCUACAUAUUAUAUUUUAUUGACUACGUAUUCCACAUAGAAAGGGUACAAAGUUAACAACAUUAGUUUGUGUCUUCAAAUAAUAUAAAUGUUCUCUUAACAUGAAUUUAAUGUUGGAUUUAUUUUAGGCACUAAACUUUUUUUUAAAGCAAAUUGUGAGAGUCAUUCUUUCAAGUACUGGCAGUAUAUAGUGUAGAUAGAAUGGUUGAUACGUUAAUAUUAGCAAUAUGUAUUUACAAUGCGGCAACACUUACAUUGUAAUUAGUGACUUGUGGCUAUCAUUUUGAUGGGGGAACAACCCGAUAGCUUUCAUUUUGCAAGUAAUAGGCAUUCAGCCAUAGUGUUUGUAAAGAUUUUUCAAAAAUAUUAACAGAAACUUUAGUUGUACAGUUUAGAUUAACAUUCCUUUGUUGAACUUAUUUUUUAUUUUCAUAAAGAUGAGAUUAACAUAAAAAAUGUUGAAAUUGAACCUUAUAGACAAUCAUUUAUUCUUAUUAAAUAUGAUGAUUUCCUCAAUUUUAAGACCAGACCUUUUAAUUCAUGGUAAGUAAAACGUCUAAAGAAAAAAAGGAGUAAGAAUACUUUUUAUUAAACAGAAAAUAAUAUUAUUUACAUUUUAUUACUAUUGUUUAACUUGUGAUAUAUCAAAAGAAUGGAAAAAGUUGAAUAAUAAAUUGUGGCAUGAAAAGUCUGUAGGCAUUGUGUUAUGGGGGUAUGUUAAAGCAAACAUAAAGCAAUCAAGCAUUAACUCAUUUUGCAUAUGUCUGAAAACAUGAAGACUUACCCCCAACAUCCAUAAUAUAGUGGUAAAUGCAUUAAUUCUUUUUCAUAUAAUUGAAAAUAAUUGUCUAAUAUCAUUGU